AUGACUACCGACCAUUCUCACGACUCUCUUUUGGCUGACAUUGUCCAGGAGCUCGAUCCCAACGCACCACCUGCUGCUCCCCGCGAUUUGAUAUCAACUGUCUCGUCACUUUUUGUCCAACGUCGGGAAAAGCUUCGCAAGGAGCGACGUGCACACAAAGAUGCUGCGAUAGAUGCUGCAUUUGCUACUGCUCGAGCGGUAGCGCGUAAGAAAGAAGAGGCAACGCAAGAGGCACUGGCAGAAAAGAAGUAUAGACAUGACAGAGCCCUCAGCCGCCCCCGCCCUCGAGUCAAAGAUAUCAACCCUUCCAAAAAGGAGAUCGAUGAUCUCAUUGAAAAAGAAGUUGCCAGAGAAGCGAAAGGCCGUGGCUUACAGCCCGCCAAGGGCGAAACGGAGAAAAGGUACGAAGAGCGAAUGAGGGCCCUUGAGGAUCGCGUUGAUGAUCUCGACUUCAUUGAGCAAGAGCGCAUGCAACAUGAUCCUACUCGUUACAUAGAAGGUUUCCCAGUCAAUCUCGUCCUUGUGCAUCGCCACUUUCGUCUUUCUCCCCGGAUUCCAUUCGCUGAUUUUGCUUGCCUUCAGUGCAAGGCUCUGGGAAGACGAUGCGGACGCAGGAGUGACGAUACAUAUUUCUGCGAGCGUUGUUAUAGGAACAACAGAAGAUGCCUAGUCAAGCAUCACACAGAGUGUGAAGAGGAUCAUGCAGGGACUUGGAAGUUUGCUCCACUUCAGAGGUGUCGACAUGAUCGUCUGAGGGAUGAGAUUUGGAAAUGGAUGGGAAAGCUACAGCAGCGAAAGAACGGGGGCGAUGGUAUCAGACCUUGGCCAGCAUGGCAUACAAAAGGCCCAGACGGCGAGUUGGAUACGCAGAACAUACCUAAAAGGUGGCAGGAUUAUUUCGAGUCAGCUUCAAAGGGGAAGGAUAAGUAG